AUGUCUGAAGCAAUAACAAAAACACCAACAAGAAAAUAUAAAAAACAAAAAGAUAAACUUGCAGAACUUGGUAUUCAUGUAGAAUUGUCAAAAGAGAUUAAAAAGGAUGAGAAUGGUGCACCUGUUAAACCAACAAGAUCAAGGUCAAAGAAACAACCUGCAACAGUAGUAGAAAAAGAGACUAAACAAAAGGCAAAGGUGACAGCAGCGGCGGCAAAGAAAAAAAAAGCAGACAAGGAUUUUGAACCUAUAGAUUAUCAAGAUGAUGAUGAUGAUGAUGACGAUUUUAGUGAUCAUUCUUCAGAUACUGAUAGUGAUAAUAAUAAUAAUAACGACAAUCUACCAGAAGAAUCAAAAAAGAAAAAAAGAUUAUUAAAAAAUAGAGAAGCUGCUCAACUAUUUAGACAAAGACAAAAAGAAUAUAUCAACAAUUUAGAGAUUAAAGCAAAUUCAUUACAAUCAAAUAAUGAUGUGGCAACGGCCAAGGUCGAGAAAUUGCAGAGCGAAAAUCAAGUAAUGAAACAACAAGUCACGUAUUUAAAAACUUUUGUUAAACAGGCGGUUAAUCUUACUUUAAAUCAAAAUCACAGUCAAAAUCAUAAUCAAAAUCAAUAUAAUAAUGUACCAGUUUUACCAAAUCAAAAUCUAUUGUUUCAAAAUAAUAAUCAAAAAUUUGAUGUUACUCCAGAUUAA